AUGCGCCGGACACGCACGGAUGGACAAGGAUCGUUGUUCCCGGUUCGUCUCCGCAGGCCCGGCUGUGAGAGCGAAGAACCGGUACCGACUGCUUGGCCAGCUCGGCUGGACACACGCUUCCGCGAACUCCAGCGACGGGGCAACGAGAUAGCAGGUGAUAGCAGCAGGCCUAUGAAGGAGAUUGAUGCCAGCGAGUACUUGCGAGAGUUGGAAACUUUCCAUGCCGAGCAGGAACGGUAUGUCGAGCAGGUCAGGGAGAUCCUCAAAUCCAACCCCAGCUCAGGUGCCCCAGGCGCUCCUGGAGCUGGGGCUGGGAUCCUUGGCAGCGCUCGGCUCGAAGAUCUGCGAGGCCCUGGAGCCAUCGGUGCCGGCACGAGCAUGCCCAUGGCAGGUAUGCCAAACGCAGCUCCGUCUGGAGUGGGGCUUGGCAUGGCCGGGUCAGGACUCCGGACUGGCCCUGGCUCUGGCAUGAACCCACUGGGCAGCGGACCUGUGCAAUCCCAGCCCAACCUUCCAAGCGGAUUGGGGGGUGGCUUUGGCAAAGCCCUCCCAGUCAACAGUCUUCCCAGCUUGGGCGGGGUAAACUCUGCGAGUGGUGCAGCGGGCAUCCGACCUGACAUGCGGCUGCCAAAGAUUGAGGCACCUGGACUCUCGAGUCUUGAGGAAAUGGGAAGUGUGAAGCUGAACACUGCGGUGUUGCCCGACAGUGGCACAAGCGUUUGCAGUGGAGGUGCAUCGUGCGGCGAAAAUCAGAGCCGCCAGAGUUAG